AUAUUUCCAUCGCCUCCCCUUGGAUGUCCAGCCCGUGGCCAUUUUUCGUCAAAUAUGGACCUUCCACGUCUGUCCUCGACCCCGUCGAUUCACGUUCAUGAUUGCAAUAACAGUUACGACCGCCAUAUGUCCGGAUCGUCGUUCUCGUCAAGGGGACCAAUGCCCAUUCCGAACAAAACCGUAGAGAACUUUGCUCCUCCUCCGUUACCCCCACCUCCACGGAUCAACGCUCUCGAGGACGGCCACGAUGUCGGCUGGCUUCAUGCGAAUUCCAUGGGUGCGCCGGAUGUCGGCAAAUUAGCCCCCAUUAAUCCAAGCUCGAGUCUGUUUGGAGGUCACCGUCGCCCUGAACCGAUCCCACGAUUGGAGAAAAUCAACCUUGGCGAUUCAGAUGGAAGAGGAAAAAGUGGCUCUUUGGAGCAGUCUCCUCAAACCCAAAUUAAGAUCGAGCCUCCAGCAUCGUCAGUCGAGGAGGGCUUCAGGAAUUCAAUUUCUACAAACUUGUCCGAACCAAUGUGA